CCAUGAUAUACUUUGAAUUAGGGUUUCUGAGUCACAGUACUGUGGCGAGCAGACGAGCUGCUGCCUUGAUCUUUGAAGUUUUCUCGUCAAUAAUCCCCUUCCCGCUCAUCACUCAACAAUAUCAACUUCUAUUUCCCACAUCAUCCAGGAUACCUUGACGCCCAAGCCUUCAACUCAACAGAACAAACAAGUUGCUCAGGAUGUAUCGAAAUGACAAGCCCACCCGCCCAGUCAGGGAUUAAUCUCCCCCUCGAGCUAUGCCUUGAGGAUGCCGCCUCCUAUAACAGCUGCCAACGCACCCUCAAGGCUCUCCGCCUCGUUGACAGAGCCUUUUGCAUCUGUGCCACCCCGGAACUUUUCAAGUCGAUAACUAUCAGAUUCAAUGGUCACGACUCGAACAUCCUCCCAUGGAUAUCCGAGGGCAUUAAGAGUCUGGCACUGAGCAACCGCCGCUUCUUCGUCAAGGAGAUUCGCCUGCGUGACGAAAGUCCGUAUGAGAGCCCUUGUUGCAUGAUUGAAGGGGCGGAUAGUAUGGAGAUGGACGCCCUGGAAGAGCCAGAGAGUGAUAUACCGAAGAUGGAGAUCAAGGAGGUGGACCACCCAAAUAGCAGGAUAUACCGAGAGCUACCGGAGCUCCUCUCAUCCUUCCCAAAUGUCACCUUCCUCGAAGCCCACAUGUGGUACUCGCGACCCUUCGACGACCUCUUCCUCGAGAUAUCGCGCCCACUCAAGGAAGCACUGGCUCGUGGCUCCUUACACAUGCUCCGCAGAAACUCAGCAACGUCCGCAUAA